AUGGCUUCCUCUUCUAACAUCUCUCUCCCAACUUUUAAGUCUUACUAUUUCCAUGGUGGAAACUUCAUAUCUAAUCGUCCCAAUAAGCUUGGUUUCAUUCCUUACAAACCCCAACAACAACAACUACUAAGACCAUGUGCCAAAUUCAACCUCUCCGAAAUUCUUGGAGGAAGAGGACUCUGCAAUGGCGAAGAGGGUCUGCAACAAGAGCUGAGAAAGAAUGUUGAAGACAUAGCAACUCAAACAGAUGACAACAAGGAAGAAGAAAAACAAGAGAGCCCUGUGAUUUCUUCGGUACCAGAAGAAGGUUUCGAUAAGGAGUUAAUGGGACUCACUGGAGGGUUUCCUGGUGGUGAAAAGGGUUUAAAGAGUUUCAUUGAGAAAAACCCGCCUCCAAAAAUGCCUUCGGUUGAAAAUAAAACACAAGCUAUAAGCUUAAAGAAAUCGAAAGCACCUGAUAUGCCGAUGUUACUCCCUGGAAUGAUUGCCAUUGUGAGUAACCAAAAUAGUCCUUACUACAUGUACUGUGGUAUUGUUCAGAGGAUCACUGAUGGAAAAGCUGGAGUUCUUUUCGAGGGAGGAAACUGGGAUCGGUUGAUUACUUUUCGCCUGGAGGAGUUACAGCGCAGAGACAAGGGACCUCCGGGGAAAAAUCCCAAGUCUGCUAUCCUUGAACCUCUGCUCCAAAAGGAUUCAGAGUGAUUCUUGUCUAAGUUUAACAAUCAAUCAAAUGUUAUGUAAAUUUUUGUACUGAAUGUGCAGUUUCAUAUUUAUCAAAAUAAAAUAAAUAAACCAGUGCAAGCAAA